CUGAGAUUCCUGCGGGUGACGAGUGACCGGGAGGAGGCACUGAAGAUGCUGGAGGCUGCUGAUGGACGCGCCUCCACCAUCCGCACUCAGGCGUCCACCAUCACGCAGUACCAGAUCAGGUUUCAGAUGCCAGUGUGUCCCUUCAAGGAGCUGGUGGAGGUGGAGGAAGAGAUCUCCCUCAAGAUGCUGCUGUGGCGGUCCAUGUCCGAGUGGGAAGAGCUGACGCGGCAGUGGUAUCAGAGUGAAGUGCGGGGACUGGACGUGACCCAGGUGACGCAGGUGACCCUCGAGUACCGCGCCAAGGUGGACUACCUGAUGAACGCCACGGAGCACAGUGACGUGCUGCUCCACCUGCACGGCCUCGUCACUCACCUGCAGGAUAAGCUGCCGGUUCUGGAGGCUCUCACGGACUCUGCUCUGCGGCCAAGGCAUUGGGAGGAGAUUGAUGCCGCCUUAAGCCAGCCGCUGCCACCUGCCUUCACCCUGGCACAUGUGGACGAGCGCAGGCUACACGAGCAUGCCCACACCCUGCAGCAGGUGGCCCACACUGCGCAGCUACAAAGAGAAAUGGAAAACCGUCUCAACCAGGUGCAGCAGAAGUGGGAGGCGGCCGAGGUGCCUGUGCGGGACUUCAUCAGGAAGGACGUGUACAUACUGGGGGAUCUCGCGCCUUUGGACUCCCUGCUGCUGGAGACAGAGCUCACCCUGCACCUGCUGCUCCACUCUCAGCACUCCCUCCACAUCAAGCGCGAGACUGUGCGCUGGAAGAACACCCACACCAUCAUCAAACACACUCUUUUUGCACUUCGGGAGUUUGAGGAGGAAUGGCUGUCCCUUGAUCCUGUCCUCACCACCUGCGUCGCCCACGAAGUCUUCCCCCUGCACGCCGCGACCUUCGCCAGCGCCUCCACCUUCUGGACUGGUACUUUAGCCAGGAUGAAGGAGGAGCCGAGCAUCUUGAAGCAUCUGCGUGGCGGGAUGCUGCACGAGGAGAUGAUGCAGCACAAGAGUCAGCUCCUGGGCCUGAGGGUGUGCCUGGCGCCCCUGCUUGCCAUGCGCAGACAGACGUGCCCUCGCCUCUUCCUGCUACCCGACUCUGAUCUCCUGGAGUUGCUGACUAAAGGGCAGGAGCCCGCGGUGUGCCACAAGUACCUCGGCAGGCUCUUUCCCGGGGUGGGUCGUUUGGUGCACGGCCGUGACGGCAAGAUCGUGGCUCUCGUGUCGCCACAGGAGGAGGUUCUUCAGCUGGCCAAGCCCGUGCUGGCACACCACGGCGUGGAGGACUGGUUGGGGCGAGUGGAAAGCGCCAUGAGGGCCUCUCUUAAGCGUCUCGUCCUCAAACACGUGCAUCAAGAUAGUGUCGGCUUGGACUGUUCUUUACUUCCUCUGCAGGUGGUGGACGUGUGUCGCCGCAUCCUGUGGCACAAUGAGGUGCUGGCGGCUCUGGACGCUGCUGAUCAAAACUCAGAGAAGCCAGACAUCGAUGGCGUGUUGCAGGGAGUGACGCAAGAUCUGGAGGCGCUGACGAAGGCGACGAAGGAAGAGGACAGGACCAGCACACCUCUAAGAGCUGCACGUCUUGCAUUCCUCAUCACGACGAUGUUGGAAUUGCGGGACACCACCUCCAGGCUGGUGCGAGACCAGCCCUCUUCCAGGUGCGCGUACUCGUGGGUGCAGCACCUGCGCCACCACGUCACGGGAGAGAGGCGAGGCGCAGGUGUGCAGGUUAGUGUGGGCGUGGACACUCUUGAUUACGGCUACGAAUAUCAGGGCGUAGCCACAGCCGCUGUACCCACGCCCAACACGCUGCGAGCCCGCCAUUGCCUCCUCACGGCAGCCGCCAGAAGAAAGUGUGGCGUGGCAGUGGGCGGCGUGGGCGGUGGCAAGACGGAGACUGUGUGGGAGGUUGCGCGUGCGGCGGGGCAAUUCAUGGCUACCCUCACCUGCAGCCCCAACACCUCCGCGCAGAGUCUCCAGAGUGUAGUAAGUGGUGGGAUUCAGGGCGGUUUCUGGCUGCUGCUGGAAGAGGCUGCUCUUCUACCCUCUGCCCUGGUGUCGCGCCUCGCUCAGUACCUGCACAGCGUCCGCCACACAAAGGCCAACGCUCUCAAGAGGUGUCUCGUCGAUGGCCAGGAGAUGAAGGUGGUGGAUUCCUUCAGUCUGUUCCUGACGGUGACGUGUCCCAGUAAUGUCUUGGGUGCACUGCCGCCUCCCUGCCCGCUCCUCAACCACUCCAUUGCGCCCCACCUCUCCCCAGUCACCGUAUGUCUCCCUAGCACUGAGACCAUGCUGGAGGUGGUGCUGCGUGGCCAGGGCCUCGCCGUGUCCUCAGAGUUCCUGCAGAAAGUACGGGAAUGUUUCGCUCACCUCACCUCCCUCCGCCCUGAUGGUUCCUUCUUUUCCACUGUGAGGUUAAUCCGGGCUGUGGCGCGCGUGUGUAGCGACAUCAGGUGCUCCGGGGGUCGUGGUGAAGCAUUCCUGGGUGGGCGUGACGGCGGGGAAUGUCGUGAAGGCAGCACAUCAGAGAGCAACAUGACAGAUCCAUUGGCCGCUACACAGCGCUGGAUGCAUCACCCAACACCCUUCUCCCUGCCCCGGACCGAUGAAGGCGUUGUAAUGCACGCGCUGUACGUCGUAGUGACGCCUCUGCUAAGUGGCGUGGAUAAAGAAUGGCGCAGGUUUUUCAGGGGUCAUUUUGAUCUGGAAUAUGCAAGUCGUGAGUCGCUGCUACAGGAGAUGGAGGAGUGCCUGCGUGAGGUGCUGCUCGAGUGUGGUUACGGCGAGACACCCGAAGUGGUAGCUUGCCUUGAACAGGGAGGAGGCGCCCCCAGCCAUGAGGAACAUGCGGAGGGAGGCUCAACGAGGAAACAGACAAGCUCCAAAAAUCUGAGCACGCACGGCGGCACCCUAUUGGCGGCGGCCCUCAACCUGUACUCCGUGCUGGCAGUGCACGGGUGCUGCUGCCUCAGGGCGCCUCCAGCGACAGGCAAGACCACUGUCUGGAGGGUGUUGGCGGCGGCGAUGAACAGGCGAGGAGGGAAGGGUGCAUCGCGGCGAGUUAGAGUGCGAGUUGUUGCCUGUGGUGCCUUCACGAGGACACACCUGCUGGGGGCGUGGCGGGAAGGGGGACGGGCCUGGAGGAAGGGCGUCCUAUUCUCCUCUCUCUCCCAGACCCAUCACGUGAGCAAGAACGAGCAGUGGGUGGUAGUCGUGGGUCCCUUCCCGCGUGGAGUGCUGUCAGCCCUGGCCACGCUCUGCCACCCUUGCCCGAGCGUCACUGACGACGCCCUGCACCACCUCACGCCGCCACAAGGCUUCAAACUGAUUCUCGAGACGGCCGCCGGGGAGGACCUCACUCCCCUCAUCCUUGUUAGGUGUCCAGUGUUGGAGAUGUCCGAGGAGGAGAUGGUGAUCGGUCAAGCUGCUGACGGGGCUCUGAGGGUAAUGGCUGGAGCGUUGCAGAGCUUUCAGUCUGCAACACUGUUGGCUCAGUGUCGCUCUGCACUCACUGACGGUCUACGCUCCCUCGGCCUCCCCUCCACCUCUAUGCAAUGCGUGGCGCAAUGUGCUUGUCGCUUGUUGGAGGGGCGGCUGACACCCACAGCGCCACCCGAGGAGGUGACGGAGGCCUUGACACAGGUGCUAGACCUUCUGCACACCGCCAGAUACCCGCACCUGCACCCUCCUGACGGGUCCUACACACCCGCCAGACUGGACUCCAGGAGCCCCGCGCCCUCAGAUGCUUUCCUGGACUUUCCUGGACGAGUGGUGGCCAUUCCAGAGUUCCAAGCCGGUCUCUCCCUUUUGCCGCAGCUUCUGGAUGCCGCUUGCCCGCUCCUCCUCCACUCUAAGCCUGGCCACGGACUCAGUACCUUCCUCGACAUCUUCGAGCGGAACCUUGCCCCUGCUACUCAUGUCAUCCGCUUCCGAUGCACGCCACUGACAACAUCUGAGGACCUCUUUUCCUCCAUGAUUGGCUCUUUGCUUCCUUGUCCACUGCAGAAAAACCAAUCACAGCAGGCCUCCAGACGUCCUCUCAGCAAUCGUUGGAGGACAGUGGAUGACGAAGCCCGGGAGGGAGUGCGAGGUCUGGCCCCCGGCGACGAGGGUUUCUCUCUGUUAAUACUGGAGGACGCUCACCUGCAGCUGGAAGCAGACGGUGCUUCAGGAACAAUCUGUGAGACCUUCAGACAUUUGGUGGAGUGCGGGGAGGUGAUGUGCCCCACGUCAGGCCAGAGGUAUCGUCUGCAGCGGGUUGUUCCUAUCCUCACGCUCUCCACGACCGCCGCCCCCGAGGACUUGGUUCCCGCCAGGAUCCUGAGGCACUGUGUCUUGAUGCAGCUCCCGCACAUUGCCGCCGCCACCUGCGAAUACAUCAUUAAGGUGUGCCUUCAGGACGUGCUUGUAGAAAUUGACGAAGAUAAUUACUUGCCUGAGACGACGCGAGCCGUAAUUCAGGAGCUGUACGAGGAUUUACAGGAGCCCUCCUCCUCCCUCACCCCCUCGCCAGCCCUCACUCAGCCACCGCGACUGGACUCACACUCAUCGGGUGCUAACGAGGCUCCCGCUCCUGUUGCCGAGGAGAAGAGGGAGGGCACCGCUGAUUCAGCAGGUCGUGGAGGCUGUGCGGAAGGCUCCAUCAGCACUGAGGGCAGCAGCAUCACAGUUCCAGGUCAGUCUCAAGAGAAAGCCACAAGCUCCACGGAGGAAAGCAUCGUAGGGCCCCUAAGGGUUCCUAUCCAAGGCAGCAGCACUGAGGUUGAGGGGCUGGUGGCGGUCCCCAACCUCCACCACCUUUUGCAGCUGAUUGAGGCUGUUCGGAGGAAUUCUUGUUACCUGCAGCUAACGAUGGGCCAGGCGGCAUCCCUCCUCACCUUCGAGGCCGGCAGGGUGUUCAGCAGCGUUAUCUCCUCCGAGGCAGUACUCAGGAAGAGAAUCAGUGGUGUCAUCAAGAAGUAUUUUGAAGAGGUGGAGCGUGUGGCGUGGUGGCCCGGCGUGACAGAGGAAGGCAAGAGAACCAUGACUCACACCAGGGAGUACAGCGAGGCGCUCAGGGGCGUGCAGUACCCUGAGGGGCUGCAGCCCAUCAUGUUCACACAAGCGCAUUAUGAGGCGCUGCUCAAGCUGGUGCUCACGCUGGAGACGGUGAGUGGGCACGCCGUGGUGCUGGGACCGCCAGGCGUGGGCAAGAUGUCUCUCGCGCGUCUGGCAGCCUACAACACCCGUGCCAGAGUGUAUUUCCUGGACGACCAGCGAGAGGAGGCCGGGAGGGUGGCUGCCAUCAGGGCGGCGGUGCAGGCCUCGGGUGUCGGGGGACGUCGCACUGUCAUCCUCCUGCGGCAACACGCCCUCACGCCCGCGCUGCUCGACGUGCUGCACGGUCUUGCCCACACAGGAUGGAGUGAGGGACUAUGGGAUCCUCUCAGGGUUCGAGGGCUGCUUGAGGGCAUCAGACAGAAGAGCAGCAAGAGUCCUCGUCCACACGAGAAUCGAUGGAUGACUUACCUGGAAGAGGAGGAGCUGGCCGCCCUGAAGCACAGGCUUAUCACAAACGUCAGGAGGAAUCUUCACAUCGUUCUCAUCAUUUAUUCCCGUCAGGUCAGCGAGGAGUGGUGUCGCCGCUACCCACCACUGCGCAGCCGCUGGGUGUGGGUGCGGCUGGACGACUGGGCUAAUGAGACCCUAAGGGAAGUGGCCAGACGAAUUUUCAUUCCGGCAGAGUUGCCGCCCCACAUCCUGCACCAGAUGCAGGUCGCCCUUCCCGCCAUACAUCAGCUUCUGAAAAAGGAGGAGGCACUGACAGUGACGGUAGCGGACUUCGUGGAGGCUUGUCGGGUGACGGUGAAACUAUUAGCCCACCGCAGGACACAGCUGCGGGAUUCCCUGGCUCUCUUCAAGGGCGGCAUGGACAAAUUGCAAGAAACAAGUGGGAACGUCGAGGAGCUAAAGGGUGAACUUGCGGAGCUGGAGCCCGAGCUGAAGGCGACGCAGGAGGAGGGCCAGCGACUGACUCACGCCCUAGCACAGCAGCGGACCCAGGUGUCGCAGAUCAGGGACCAGAUGGUGUCUCUGGAGGAAAGAGUCAAGGAGAAGUGUGAGGCUGUGAGUGCCAUGAACGAGGAGGUGGUGCAGGAGGUGGGGGAGACUGUGCCCGGCCUCGAGGCAGCGGAGAAGGCGAUCAAGGCCCUGGACAAGAAAGAUUUGGUUGAGGUGCGCGUCCUCAACAAGCCUCCGGACCUCGUGCUUCUCGUGAUGGAACCGAUCUGCAUCCUCCUCAACACCAAGCUGGAGUGGGCGGCCAUGAAGACUCUGCUGGGGGAUCCGUCAAUGAUGAAGAGGCUGGUGGAGGUGGAGAAGGACUCCCUCAGCGAUGCCACUCUCAGGAAGCUCAAGAAGUACACCGAGAGUCCUAAAUUCCUCCCGGACGAGGUGGGAAAGGUGUCCAAGCCGUGCCGGCCGCUGUGUGCGUGGCUGAAAGCUUUGGAACAUUACGCCCAGGUGUUGCGGAACGUUGAACCCAAGAAGAUGCGGCUGAGCGAGAUGGAGCGUGAGCUGAGCACCAUCCAGCUAGAACAGAGACAGCUGCAGCAACAGCUUGGCCAGAACGAGCGGGAGCUGAGUGAGCUGCAGGCGCGCUACGAAGGCUGUGUAUGUCGGCGGCAGCAGCUGGAGGGCGGCAUCAAGCGGGCCUCGGCGCGGCUGCAACGGUGCACGCGUCUCACCACCGUGCUGGCCGACGAGGACUCCCGCUGGUCCGCCAAGAUCAAGGUGUUGAUGGAGGAAGUGGAGAACGUGUACGGGGAGUGUGCCCUGGGCGGCGUGGCUGUGGCGUACCUGGCGGCGCUUCCCGAGUCUCAUAGGAACGACCUCCUGCAGCAGGCGCUGUCCAUCCUCACCGCCAGCUGCAUCGACACUCCGAAGAAGUCCAACCUGGUGGAGACACUGAGCACCUCCGAGAUCCGGGAGGAGUGGACAAAGGCAGAUCUUUAUCCUGACCCCGCAUGCUACUUGCAUGCGGCCUUCGUCACCGCCGCCGCCCGGAGGACCCUUGUGUUUGACCCUGACUACAUGUGCGUGCGGUGGUUGCGGCGCCUGAGAGAGAACAUCGCUGGGGGUGUGGCGGUGCUGCAUGCUGGAGACGAGUCUCUCCCUUCGCGGGUGUUGGCAGCUGCUCGCAGCCGCCGCCCGAUGCUGAUACUCCAUACCCCUGCCAGCCUCACGUACAACCUCCGGAAGGUGCUGGAGGUGCCGCCAGUGGUGCAGACUUCUGACGGGGAGCGCGUGGAGGUGACGAUCGUUCUGGUGACCGGCAGCGCCUCACCCAAACUGCCGCCUGACAUGUGUGUUCACCUUACCCGCGUGUCCUUCGCCCUGCCGCCCCUCGUGCUGGAGGAACGCCUCCUCAAUGACGUGCUGAAGAUCGAGCGUGAAGACCUGUACGAGCAGCGCGCCAACUUGACGGCCAGCAUUUCGCGGGACCAGAAGGCGCUCACGGCAGUCGACGACAACAUUCUGAACAAACUUACGCAGGCAGCGACGGCGCUGCUUGACAACGAAGAACUCCUCGCGGCCUUCUAUGAGGCCAAGUCCACGUCAGCAGAAUUCCGGACCCGGCUGGCGGAGAGUCGGCGAACUCUGCAGAAGAUCGGCAACGUGCGGGAUAAGUACCGGCCAGUGGCCACCAGGGCCAGGCUUCUCUUUUCCGCCAGCACAGCCCUCAGGAGUCUCAACCCCAACUACGUCUUUUCUCUCCAACACUUCCUCCACCUGUUUUCCGUGUGCAUCACUAGCGGGGACAGAACUGAGGCGUUAAGCUUUGACCAACGAAUCGAUUCCCUGGUGAAGAGUGUGACUCAGAUGGUGGUGACACAUGUGAGCCGCGCCCUCCGCCCCACCCACCGCCUCGCCUUCACCACCUCUCUCUGCGCUGCCAUCGCCGCUGAGCAGGGCACCCUCAGGCGCGCGACUUGGGCUGCCAUUCUCGAUCCCAACUGUUACGACGAGGCCGCCCUGCUGAAGGCCGUGGUGGCACAGGAAGGCGAGUUCGACCCCAUAGCCAGUGACCUGCUGCGAGGAGUCCGCCUGCACCUCAUCCUUCACGACCUGGUCACGGACGUGGGGCUGAGUGGGAGUCGCGGAAUGGCUGAGGCGCCGCGAGGAAGGAUCUCAGACUUCAACGCCUUAAUGCUCCUGCGAAUAUCCAAACCCCGUUUGCUGGUGGCGGGGGCGCGUGAGGUGGUAAACUCCACGCUAAGCGAUACCUCACUUCUGAAGCCGGACCUUUCCCUCGUCAGGAUGCUGGGGCAGGAGGAACGCAAGCAACCAGUACUGGUGUGGACAGACUACGGGCGAGACGUGGGUGAGGAGGUGCUGGGCGUGGCACAGGCUCGUGGACUGGGCGGCAUCACGCGGGUCAUUACGGCGCCCACGCGUACCAAGGAGGAAGCUGGUGGCGAGAUGGGGAGGCCGCCCCUCGCCGCGCUGCUGGGAACCGUCGUGCAGCAGGGGGGCUGGGUCCUCGUGCAGGGUGCUGACUCUCCCGAGGUUCUGCCGACGUUGUUGGGAGCCAUGACGAACCUCGAGUCCCCGGAUAUCAAGGUACACGAGGAUUUCCGGCUGUUGGUAUCCGUUUCGGAGGACAAGACGGCGCCCUCUGAUCUCACCUUGCUUGGCCGCCCACUCUUCGCGCCCCCCGCACCCACCCUCUCCGCCACCCUCGCUGCCGUGGCCGCUCUCUUCAGUUCCCACGACUACAGCCACCACUACCUGGGAGGCGCGUGGCGGCGAGCAGUGUGGCAAGUGGCGACCGCUCACACCAUCAUCGCCGUCACGAGGCACUGGCAGGGUAACCCGAGCCUCCCUCUGCGUCCACCUUCCACACAUACGCCCAGGACGCAGGUGGCGAGUGAGGAACGGUCUCUUACUCCUUCUACAACGUCUGGUGUAGGGGACGAGGCAGAGGAGAAGGACGGGGAUGAGGACGAAGAGGAAGGAGGAGUAGGAGAACACAGGAGCCUCAAUGGACACCUCAGCCUGGCGAUGGUGGGCCAAACUCUCGCCUGCCUGCACAAGCUGUCCCUGCAGUGGCCCCUCGACGACCCCACGCUCAUCACCUUCCUCGACGUGGUGUACGGGCGGCGCAAGAUGUGGCGUCGGCCGGUGCUCAGCCUGCCUCGCGAAGUGGGGCUCGUGUCGAGGGAGGCAGCGCUCAGCAUCGUCACUUCGCACCUUACCUCUUGCCUCCCGAGACUCCAUAACCUCACGCUGGACGUGGAGUACCGAGCCUUCCAGGAGGACCUCGCCGCCAUCGCAGCACACAUCUUCGCCGCCGAGCCUCCCGCCGCAGAAGAGUGAGCUGUCCAAGUGGAUCCACAAGAGCUGAAGAAACUCAGAGGAGCUCAGAUGGAAAAACAAUUCUGCUCAAAAUUAUAGAGAAAAGAGGGAGAAAUAGUGAUAAAUGAACGAAAAGACGUCAUGAAUGGUAGCGAGAAAUCAACCUGUUUGUGUUAUCAUUUAGUUGCAUAGCGUGUAUAGAAAGCUCGAGAAUAGUACUAAGUAAAAGACUCCCUUACCUUGGAGUUACCUGGGCGACAGACGAAGCAUUGCAUUUCCCAGGUGAGGAAGCAGUCCCGCCGGGCCAAGGUCGUGCGGCAUCACCUUGCACGUUCCCAUCACAAACUGGCCACUUCUGCCUCAUAAACUUGCUCGUUAAACUGCCGUGUUUACUGCAGUGUUUGCAGCAGCAAGUGAUGAUGGCUGGGUUACUGGCCUGCUGAUUCCCCACCUUACCCUAAAUCUUGGCCCGUUCUCCCUCCCCACCAUUCCUACCCCACCGCAUACUCCGAACUCCCGCUAUCCGAGGUAUCCAGCUCAUAGUUUCAAGGUUACAUCAACACGCCGGACGCUGCACCACCCAGGAUCAUUAUUCAGUUUUUCUUCUACUUAAACAAAUAUACUUUCGAGCGAAGACUAAGACGAACACUCCAGCGGCACCAGGAAGGAGGAAACAUGCAUGGCUGAGCAAUGGAGCUUAUAACGAAUUCAAGCAGACUGUGUUGAUGUUAAUCGUGUGACAUUUAUUUCAAGGAUAUCCUGCCUCCUCUGAACUGUUUUGCGUUGAUCUAAACUGAUAGAAACUGAAUUUAUCCGGAAGUAUUUUCAUAGGCGUAUGUACGUAUGCUACCCGCCAACACCCUCUCAGAAACGCUCUCCCUCUUCCACAGCCUUCAUAUGUAAACAGUGUCAUAUCUGUGUACCGAAACGCCACCACCUCGAGCCAUUGUAUGUGUGAUUCACUGUAAGUAUCCAGCGUCUUGAGAUGCGUGGCGAGAGAGUGAGCCCAUCCGCGCCACCAAGGAUACCUCCAGUCAAGGCCAAGAAGGGGAACCGAGACUUUUCAGUAGGAAGAGUCGCGCAGAUGUUCGGAAUUAAAGAUGAAGGUUGCAGAGGCCAUGAAGAUUGAACGGGAUAUGGUGGCACCCCAGGAGGAAAAAACGUAAAGAUGAAGGAAGCACUGCAAUAUUAAUUAAGCUUUACACUUGUAAGACGACUUAAACAAACUUUGUAAAGACAUCAACCGUAAAUUUGAAUAUGGUGUUGGAUAGAGAGAGAGAGAGAGAGAGAGAGAGAGAGAGAGAGAGAGAGAGAGAGAGA